AUGUCUUGGAAACCAAGGAAGCUGAGCAAAGACACGAAAUUUAUCCUCAUACGACCGAGAGAGCCAUCGGCCUGGCAAAAGUUCCGAGAUGAACCGUGUCUCUUCCUCGCCCGCAAGCUCGAUGCCUGGCGACCAGCCAACAUCCCCCAACUGCCUGAGAACCCAAUAACCGUAGUUUGCAUCUCAAACACCUACCAUGAGCGUCCAAAGAUACCGCCAGGCGACAUACUGAUCCAUGCCGGCGAUUUGGCUGCUGAGGGGUCAUUUGUCGACCUCCAAGACACACUGGACUGGCUCAAAGCCCAGCCUCACCACACUAAAAUUGUGGUGGCGGGUCGAGGGGAUAAAUAUCUUGACAAGAUGAAGAAGGGAAGUCGUCGCUGGAGACAUGGACAUCGUCAGAGAGCGAACUGGGGGGACAUCAUCUAUCUGGAGCACCAGCAGAUCAUCGUAAAAGCUCCAAGUGGACGCCAACUACAGGUCUGUGGAAGUCCAUACUCACCAAAGACUACUCCUGCUGCGGGCUUUCAAUACCUUCGCUCUGAUAAUUUCUGGACUGGAAUCCCCACCAAUCUCGAUAUUCUCAUCACUCACACCCCACCAUACACGCAUCUUGACUCGUGCCGAGGCUGCUUGCAUUUGUUAAAUCAGAUAUGGAGAUGUCCUCCUCGACUGCAUAUUUUCGGGUGCUCUCGUGAGCAUCAUGGAACUGAACUUCUGUACUAUGAUGCUCUUCAGAGCGCUAUGGAGCGCAUUGAGGCUGCGGGUGGGGGUUUCUUCAACCUUCUUAACGUAGUCAAAGGGUUUGCGAGGUCCUUUUUUUGCCGCGAUGCCAAAGCCAGGACCGUGCUUGUGAAUGCAUGCACUAACGGGGGGUUGUGGGAUCCUGAGCGCCCACCGAUCACGGUUGUUAUAUGA